AUGACCUGGCUCCCAAAAGUUCAAUCCACCACAGAGUCCACUACAUAUGUCAAACUUGCCGCACAGCUCCCGAGGCCUCUGUUCCGGAUAUUUUGGAUGUGUGGAACGGUCUGUCAGACAAGGACCUUUGAAUUGCUCCCAGUGCCAGCCAGACCCAGACCCAGACCCAGACCCAGACCCAGAGAAUGGUGUAUGCAGGCCUGGCAGGGAAGAAAAGCAGCACGGCCCAUCCAAAGCGUCGUCUUGCAGCAGCGGAACCAAACCUGCGGAUUCGGCCAGUUGA